GCUUCUGUUCAGAUUGUUUUCGGUGUUUGUCUUUCACUAACGGUGGAUCUAUGGGACGUUUUCGAGAUACCAGUUCAGGUUUAUCUGCCUCCGAUACUGUUUUAGAACAAGUGGUUAUGUUAGGACAACAGUGGCAGUUUCAAACACCUCGGCCACAACUUGUUUCUCUGUUGGAGUCUUGGGUUGAUUGUCCACCAAAAGAUACCCAUAAGGCUUUUCGGUUUCUUUCGCAUAGACUUUCAUAAAGUUUGACCUGUCUUUCGCAAAAAUCCGCUCCGCCACCAUGUCGAUUUGCUUACGAUCACUGGGACUACGAAAGAGGACCAUAUACUGAGCAUUCCUGCUGAUAUCAGUGUUGAACUUUCCUUUGGGAAACAUAUUUUGCAGCAAUAAUAUCACACUAGCAUUGCGAUGACGGCCUUGUGUAAACAGUGUUGAUAACACGGGACUGUCAGUUGCCUUGCUCAUUAGAUUAUCAAACACCAACACAUUGUGAAACUUUGGAUUGAUUUCUCUUAGAUCUUCACUCAGUGCAGGUAAGCCUUGGGUAAAUACAAUCUCAUCAAUAAGUGUAGAUUGCAAGGACGCAUACCGUGGUUACCAUUGAUUGUAAAACCAGAAAAUACGUCUCUGUUUCUUACUGGGGUACUUGAUACAAUUCUUCUUUAACAGUUGCUCCACGAAAGACGUUUUUCCACACUGACUUGGCCCCACCACGAGCAUCGAAAACAUGUGGUUAAACUUAAAGUCUGGGUAAGGGCUCGUCUCUAAACAGUUAGCUGUUUCUAGCUUGGUUACUUUUCGCUGUUUCGGUUCAGUCUUUAGAGCUUGUCUAACGAGUUUUAAUGGUUGAGGGGUGUGGCUCCAAGGAGGUGGUGGCAUUCCCCAAAAGGGGUAAGGAGCCAUGUAAGGUAAUCCAGUGGAUUUUGCUGAGGAAAAGAUCGCAGAUUUUAGCCACGGUUUUCGUUCUUCACUGGAUAACUGAUGGACUUGGGCUAGGUGGUGACUUAAAGACAGUAGACCACUCUUACAACAGAUUGGACAAUUUCGUCUGUUUCGAUAAGGCAUGUUGACUCUUCGGCGUCUUAUCACAGCUAGUCGCUUUUCCACAGAGUCUCAUAUUAUUUAUACCUUUUCGAUUCAUUCAGUUGAAUGUAGGGUGCCUGUGAGGUGCCUGAGGGUGCCUGUAGGGUGCCUAUAGGGUGCCUGUGGAGUGUCUGUGGGGUGCCUGUGGGGUGCCUGUGGGGUGCCUGUGGUCGAUGAAAAUUCAUAGACUCCAGUGCAGAUUGCUUAGAACUAAACAACUGUAAUACACAUUUCAUUCCAGUUUUAUUUGCAGACGUUUUCCGCACGUUACAAAAUUAAGUUGCAGGCUUUUUCAACACGUUACGAAAUUAACUUGCAGACUUUUUCAACAUGUUACGAAAUUAACUUGCAGAGUUUUACUGCAAUCUGUUCACUCCUCAUAGAAUGACAGGUUCAUUAGCAGUCACUUUGCUGUGUUCCCUGGAGGAGGUCUCUAUUUUGACGAGAGAGGUCUUGGGUGUUUUUCUCUGCUCAAGGAUGGCAUUCAGGCCUUGAUACAAUGGGUAGACGACUUCAAACACUAAGUUGCGGUCCCCUUGUUUGCCAGGUGUCUGUCGCUUUAGAUCUACCACAUACAAAUCUGUGUCUCCAAUUUUGGUAUAAGUGGCUUUAAACUUUGGAUAAUCCAGAGCCAAUUCCAUCCAGGAGAGUUUAUCCUCGUUCUUAGCCUCACGUUCUCUCUGCUCACGUUCAGCUUUCAUUUCCUCUAGAUCUCUAUCCCAUUCACGCUGCUCUGCGGGAGUCCAAUCGUCAUACCCUCCUAUCCACAUGAUGAUUUGUGAUAAAUGAUAGAUAGAAUAGCACACCCCUUUCUCUUAUACCUUAGACCUCACCUCAGGCUAUAAAUAGAAUUGAAUUGUGUCUAUCAUUAUCAGUUGUACGUUUGAUUGCCUAGAGGUAACAUGUCUGUUAUGGGUGGUUCUGUAGAAGCACUUUCUACCAAGACUGGUAAUGAACCCACCGAAAAAACCAUGCCUGCCAAGACCAGGUUGAAGGGUUAUCGACAAAAACUGAUGACGAUCAAAGCUAGAAUCAAGUAUCGAGAGCAUACCCUCAAAGGGUUCAAAAAACAUCUCAAGAAUGGUACGUUUCCGCAAAGAAUGAAAUCUAUAAAACCACACCCAAAAAUUAGUUCCCCCGAAGCUCAAGCUAUCGUCAAUGCUGCCUGUGAUCAAGUGCAAAGUGUCAUUUUGGAUCAAAUGAUUCAAGAAGAAGAGAAGAAACUCUCUCAAGAUCAAGACAGUUAUCAAACUAUGAGGAAGCAACGGGAAGGUGAUCGUCAGCAGCUCAAGGCCCCUAAAAAACCCAAGAAACCUACUGUGGCUCAACUCCAGCAAGAGCUCGCAGACUUGCAGUCAAAAUAUACCCAACUUUGUAGUAAAUUAGAAAACAGUCAGUGA